UCUCGCCUCAUCCAAGUGGCUCAGAGUCCACUGAGGCAAAGAGGGGAAGCGGGGAAGGAGAGCAGCAUUGUGACAGCCAGCAUCAGUCACAUUGGAGCAGUCCGAGUGAGCAGAGGAGGUGGGAGAUGAUUGGCAGCGUCUCUGCUGCUGAACUCUUCCUGAUCAUCUCUGAUUGAUUCUCUCUGUUCUCUGCGACUCGCCAGCAACAUGAGCUCCUCAUCAGCCAACCUUCACAGCAAACGCCUGCCCUCGGAGACCGAGCGUAGCCAGAGGCUCCCAGAUGUGGACGUGGCACAGCAGUUAAAGUUGAGAGAGAGACAGCGUUUCUUUGAGGAGGUCUUCCAGCAUGAUGUGGACGUCUACCUGUCCUCGUCGCAUCUUUGUAUCCGAGACUAUAAGAGACCUCCAAUAGGCAGCGUCUCGUCCAUGGAGGUGAAUGUGGACUUGCUGGACCAGAUGGAGCUGAUUGACAUCUCUGACCAGGAGACCUUGGACGUCUUCUUCAGCUCUGGGGGAGAAGAGGGGGUGCUGACCUCCCCGCUGCCAGGGCACGGAAACAAUAACAACAAUGAGGAAGUCAUCAGCAACGGACUCUUUCGACAUGUCCUCGAGGGUCUUGAUGCCAAGUCCCGCAUGUCCUCCACAUCCUCAAACUCCUCCUCUGACAGCCAAACCACCAACGCCAACGGAGGAGACACCCCCGUAGUCAGGUCAGACGAUGAGGAAACACACACCGGCACAGUCAAGCGAAGAGCCGUGCCUCCAGAGACAGAGAAGGGGAAAAGUCAGACUCCAUCAUCGUCUUCGUAGGACAGACCCUCUCCACAAUAGAUCUCCACCUCGGAGAAGUGAACUUUAGGGUGCGAGCUACUGAAAGAAGGCCUCUCACCUGCGACUGUCUUCCACACACUAGCUCUUAUCACUGCUUUGUACCUUUCCUUUUGAGUUAUGACUUGUGGGUUGGGUUCUGUGUGUGUUUCGGAGGUGCUGCAGACCAUGAGCUGUAACCAUGGAGAUUUCCCAUAUAUUCUCACCUGUUUCCAUUCAUGUUUUGGCAUGUUCUGACGGACAAGAUGUGUUCCCGUUUCUCACUUCAUCUGACUUGUUGUUGAUGAAUAAUGAAUUCUGUACAGUAUUAACACAACCCACAGACAGUAAAGCAGGAAUAAUGAAGUAAUAAUUGGAUGAUUUGAGGUACAUUUGACAAUAGAAGGCUUCAUGCUAUUAAUUGUAUUGUUUUUGAAAACAACACAUUGUCCUGCCGGUGCAAAUUGGCUUUCUAGCUCCAAUUUUAAAUGAAUCUAACAAGAUGUCUUUGUUUUAACAAUAAAGGAAGAGAGGAAAAUAUA